AUGGUUCCCCGACCUCGCCUCCGCCCGCUGUCCACCAUCAGCCGAGGCUGGCAGUGCCCAGCUCUUACCCCAGCUCUACCACACAAGCUCGCCCGCCCAUUGUCAACCUCGUCCACAGCCCCCGCCGAUGCGAUCCCAGACCCGCCUCCGCAGCGGUGGCUCUCCGACCUCCACGCCCGCCUGGGCAAGUGCAUAAUGUUCGGCUGCUCGCCGGCGCAGGUCACACGGGCAGGCGGCAUCCUAAAUGCCCUGGCAGCAGAAUGGAGGCGGCUCAGCGCCGGCAGCGAGGGCUUCCUGACGGGCGGGCGGCCCGGGCUCGAGGGCCAGCAGGUCGUGUGGGGCGAGCAGGACAGCUUCCGGCACGUCAACAACGUGCAGUACGUGCGCUGGGCCGAGUCGUCGCGCGUCAACUGGGCCACCAACUUCGCCGCCCGCGCCGGGGACCCGGCCCGCGCGCGGCAGUGGGCCGAGCUCAUGACGCCGCGCUCCGUGGGGCUGAUCCUCAAGAGCAUCCGCGUCGACUACAAGUUCCCCAUGACCUACCCGGACCGCGUGUCCGUCUACCACCGGCUGCGGUACGCGCCUUCCUCACAGCCCUCGCCCUCGUCGCUCGUCCUCGACGCCGUCGUCUUCUCGCACAGGCACCGCCGCGUCUCGGCCAGGGUCGAGGAGGAUGUUGUCAUCUAUGACUACCGCGCGGCCAGGAAGACGGAGAUGCCGGCAUUCAUGCGCGAUGUCCUGGAGGAUACGUUUGAGCAGCAGCAGGCGGAGAAGGUGCGUGCCAGGAGGCGCAUAUGGGAACUAAUAGGGGACGUUGAGGGCCUGGAGAAGGAGACGUGGGACCGACCUGACGCAGUCGAGGACAUCGGGGGCGCCGCGAGGGCCAAGUGA